UUUCGUCACCAACAAAAAAUAAUUACAUUAUUUUCCCAUAUUUAUCAUACUAUCAUUCUUCUCCCCCGGCACCAUACUAUAGUAAUUCCUCCCAAAAUUAAAAUAAUUAUUGAUAACAUGUAGUACAAAUUUCGAAUCUUUGUAUCUUGCCUUGUACAGAAAAUAUGGGAGAAUUGAUUACAUUGGCAUAUUUUAUGUGAUUUGGUGAUUAUCCAACUCUGGGUGUGUUUCUCUCUCUUGAAUUUGGUUAUGGUAUGAAGCUGUGGAUGGUGCUCAGGAAAAGGAAAGAUUUUUAUUUCCUUGGUGAAGUUGAUUCGCAUACAAAUAUGGGUGUCAUCAAGAAUGAAAAUUUUCCAUAUACAGUAUUUAUUUUACUUGCAUUCUUGCAACCAAUUUCUUGGACAGCACUUACUACUUGUUGCUGGAGGCAGAAACUUGAUUUCUCAGAUUAUGAUGCAAGAAGCAAGUGGCGUUACGAAAAAUCUGUGUGGUGAAAUCUCCGAUUCCAACAGCAGCAGUCAUGACCAAGUUCCUGCAAAUCAACCAACGAGAUACAAAGGCGUGGUGUGUCAAAAAGAAGGCCGUUGGGGCGCGCAGAUAUAUGCCAACAACCACCGUGUUUGGCUCGGGACCUUCAAUUCUGAAAAGGAAGCAGCAGUGGCAUACGACCGUGCCUCAAUGAAGCUCCGCAGCAGCCCCACAUUUCGUAACUUCCCAUCAAACGACAAUAUGAACGUCUGCGAACAGAGAUUCCAAGACCAGUUCAGUACGGAAACAGUACUUAGGAUGAUCAAGGACAACUCGUACGCCUCGAAACUCUCCGACUACAUGAGGGGUCAAGUCCCACAAGUACCCCAUGUGGCGUCCUUGCAAGACGCACCGGCAUCUAGGUUGAGGGUCCUCUUUGAGAAGGAGCUCACGCCUAGCGACGUUGGGAAGCUCAAUCGGCUGGUCAUUCCGAAGAAGUUUGCAGUGAAGUACUUCCCUAUAAUCCCUCAUGCCAACGCGGGGAAAGAGGGAGGCAGCGUCCAAGAUGUCGAGCUCUUAUUCUUGGAUCGUUCGAUGCGAUCGUGGAACAUUCGAUACUGUUAUUGGAAGAGUAGCCAAAGCUUUGUGUUCACUAGGGGAUGGAACAGGUUUGCAAAGGAGAAAGGGUUGAGAUCAAGGGAUAGGGUUAUUUUCUAUUCUUACGAAUCCGGUGACCAGAAAUUUUGUAUAUUGGAUGCAGCGUACGACGACAACAGGGCCCGGGAUGGGCUCGUCGUCGAUGAAGAUGACGAGGUGUUGGAGAUGGAGAAGCCAGGAGAUGAGACUGAUAGAAUAGAACCUGAGAAUGUACAAGACAAGGAAAAUGAGCCUUCUCUUUCGAGUAAGGGUUUUAAACUAUUUGGUGUUAAAAUUGUGUAGUCCAUGGCUAGGUUGGUUAACUUGCCUUUUCUCUAAUUGCUACACGAAUAAUUUAGGAUGACUUUAUAAUUGUUGCUGUUUUUGUUGCCCAACUUUUAAUUAUGAAAAUCCUUGUUUUAA